CGGGGGCUUCGAGCUGUUUUCCGCUCCCCAUCCACUGGGCUGUUCCAGCCUGGGGCUGCCAGGGAGGCUGCGGGUUCGUUGGGCCCGCCUGGCCGAGCCAAGCUAGAGAAAUGAUCCCCGCCUCGCAGCGUGUCGCUUGAGAAGGGGCCGCCCUGGCCGGGUGGCAGGCCAGCCGCGGCGCGGGACGCGGGCCAGAAGGGGCGUAUCGUCGUCCCGUGCUGCUGCUGAAUGUCGACUCCAGACGAUGCGGAGAGGCUCUCGCCGCUCGCCCAGAGAUGGCCCCGCGCGAGCAAGUUCCUCCUGUCGGGCUGCGCGGCCACCGUGGCCGAGCUAGACAGUCAGGCCAGUGAUUCAUCGACACAGGAGCAUCACCCAUGAAAUGACAGAAUUCAGCUUCAUCUGGCAUUUAUUAAGAACCUGCCAUAUUAGUACAGUAUUCUAAAAGUCACGUUGGCUCUUAAUCAUGGUUGCAGACCAGGGCACAUCUUAGACUAUAGAUACCUGAAAUUAUUCCCACUGGAAAGCAAAAAUUGAGGACAAAAGUAGGUUUUAGAUGGACAUUUAUGACUGGAAAGAACCCAAGGCUUGUCACUUUUUGUUUUCUUUCUGGUGCUCUGGGACAGUGAUUCUCCAGUUUGGGAGUGUGUCAGAAUCCGCUGAUGUCUUAACCCUAUCUGCCUACUGAAAUUCCAUAGGCAUGGGGCUAGGAAAUAAUAUAAUUUUUAACAGUCUCCCUAGUUGAUUCUGAUGUAUUCUGAAAUUUGAGAAUCACCCAUCUUGUGGUGACUAAAAUCUGGGUCCUGUGAUUUUCUAAAAAAAAUUUGGUUCACUUUUCUGAAUGUUACGAGUUUCCCCCUCGUUUUGUUUUUUCUUGUCGUCGUCGUUAUCAGCAACCUUUCCCCUCGACCUCACAAAAACUCGACUUCAAAUACAAGGAGAAGCUGCCCUUGCUCGGUUGGGAGAUGGUGCAACAGAGUCUGCUCCAUAUAGGGGCAUGGUACGCACAGCCCUAGGGAUUGUCCAGGAGGAAGGCUUUCUAAAGCUCUGGCAAGGAGUGACACCCGCCAUUUACAGACACAUAGUGUAUUCUGGAGGUCGAAUGGUCACUUAUGAACAUCUCCGUGAAGUUGUGUUUGGCAAAAGUGAAGAUAAGCAUUAUCCCCUUUGGAAAUCAGUGAUUGGAGGGAUGAUGGCUGGUGUUGUUGGCCAAUUUUUAGCCAACCCCACUGACCUAGUGAAGGUUCAAAUGCAAAUGGAAGGAAAAAGGAAACUUGAAGGAAAACCACUGCGAUUUCGUGGUGUGCAUCAUGCAUUUGCAAAAAUCUUAGCCGAAGGAGGAAUACGUGGGCUUUGGGCAGGCUGGGUACCCAAUAUACAAAGAGCAGCGCUGGUGAAUAUGGGAGAUUUAACCACUUAUGACACAGUAAAACACUACUUGGUAUUGAAUACGCCACUUGAGGACAAUAUCGUGACUCAUGGCUUAUCAAGCUUAUGUUCUGGACUGGUAGCUUCUAUUCUGGGAACACCUGCUGAUGUCAUCAAAAGCCGAAUAAUGAAUCAACCACGAGAUAAACAAGGAAGGGGCCUUCUGUAUAAAUCAUCUACUGACUGCUUGAUUCAAGCUGUUCAAGGAGAAGGAUUCCUGAGUCUCUAUAAAGGGUUUUUACCAUCUUGGCUUCGAAUGACCCCUUGGUCACUGGUGUUCUGGCUUACUUAUGAAAAAAUCAGAGAGAUGAGUGGAGUCAGUCCAUUUUAAGCCCUUAAAGAUACAGUGUUCAGUAUCAUUGAAAUGCGGGCAUCUGCAACACACACCCCCUAUUAUUUCUACCUCUUUAGGAAGACACCUUACUCCACAGAGACUGUGAUUUAUAGGGGGCAGCACUUUAUUUAUUUACCUGGAAACCCAAGUUCUCUUUGACUCCUCUUUUUGUUCACAAGCAAUCUGAUUGGAUCACACAAGACCACCCAAUGAGACCCCAGCACAGCGUUUUCUAAAGAAGGAUCAAAUCCUGACCACUUAACUUGCGCGAGAAGAUUCAAGCUUUGAGAUGCUAUGCUGUAGAGCCUGCUUAGAGGAGAAAGUGCCAGAAGGGAGACGGCAUCUCAGACCUGAAGUGGACAGUAGGAAUGUGGAAAAAUACAUCCAUACAUAGGGACCAAGGAAUAUACUUAAUGUGUUGUGUCAGUAUUUACAACUGAAAUCUGAUCAUUUACUUUUCUGUUGUCAUUAAAGUGCAUAUUCUAUAAACUAAAGGGAGGUGAAUGAAUAAACAUUUUGAGUUUCCCUAGUGUUGAAGGAGGUUGAUGUACCUUUUCUUGCCAGGAGAGUGAAAAAAAAAAAGUUUGGAUCUCAAGGAAAGAAGCCUCAUUCUCUCAGUGCCCUGUGAUCUGUGUUCAUUGGUUAGGUCUCUACCACAUAGGCUAAGGACUUCCUGACAGCCAGAGAGACCACAUCUGAAUGAAAACAGAGAAGAAUGUCUGCUUUGUGAUAUAUCCCAUUCCAGCCUGAAUUUCUCGCUAGCUCUCAAGAAUCUCAAUAUAUGAAAAACGGGGCUUAUCUGAUUAAAGUUCAGGUGGACAGGUCCUUUUAAUAAAGAAACAUCUGGUAUCAUCAGUCUCUCAGUGGCAUUUAAAAGCAAAGGUAACAUGAAGUCAGUCGACAUAGAGCCUCUCUUAAUCCCUCCUUCCCUAACACUAAGGGCCUGAGAGAGAGGGAGGGAGAACUCAGAAAUCACAUGAAAGCUGUCUCCAGCCUGAAUCUUAUUCAGUCUGAAAAGCUUCCUGCCUAAAAAGUGAUCGUAUAAACUGCCUGUGGUACACAAUUAUGUCUCCAGUCACUGAAUCAUAUCCCUUUUCUUAGAAAGGUGAGAGAUUUCUUCACAUUCACCUGUGAACCACCUGUUCCCCCAGCCUCAGACUCUGGGCAUUUCUGGAUGGAUAGCUGCAGUUAUGGGAAAAGGCUGUAACUGUCAAAAUAGGAAAACUCCAACAAAAGUUCAGACCCAAGAGAGACAUUGGAGCUGACCAAACAGGAUGUAUCAUGGGUAUGGAUGAUGUUGAAUGGAAAAAAGUUUAUAAGUGCUCUGUGGUUGCCCUAAUGUAUAAUCACUGCCAUUUAAGAGGGAAAGUGUACUUUAAAAUAUAUUUUAGUGUGAUAUGUAGUGGCUUAUUUUUUUAAUAGAAUUUACAGAAUGUGGAGUUUAAUCUCUUAAAAUCUUUAGGCAGUAUACUUUUCCAUUCUAUUUGUCAACCUGUAUGAACUGAGUUGUUAAAUAUACUUAAAAUAAUUAUAUGUACUUAAGUUCUCAAAUUAUCUGUAUUGGAACCACUUUAGGAAACUUUGUUUUUUUGUGUGUAUUUUAUAAUGUUGUAAACCCAGUAAAUAUUAGAUCAAAAUAAUUA